UGUGAUUGUAGCGGUACGACCGAACAUGUCAACAAAUUUUUGAAUUUCAGUCAUAUUAACCUGCCUGAAAUUCAUAGAGUUGAUAGUUAAUAUAAUUAUUUAAAUUUUUUUUUAAAUAAAAAAAAUCGUCAGUUGGCUGUAUGUCGGUGGAAAAGCAGUCAGCUGACACAUUAAAAGGUAUGCUGGCCGCCCGGUCUCUUUUGUGUAUCAGCUGAUGGGUUUUCCACCGACGUACAGCCGGCUCUCUCUGACGACUUUUUAUAUUUAUAUAAUAAUAUAGACUAUCAUUUAUAAUAAGUUUCAACCGGGAUAAAAUAACUAGAAACAACGUAUUAUUAAGUGGUGUUAGAGCCAAUCUAAAAAUGUCUAACAUUAAACCAAUUUGUAUUAUUUGUAAAAAAAGUAAUGGAAAAUUGACAACUUUUAAAGAAAAGACAUUGUGCAAAUGUAAGGAAGUUUUAAAAAUUCGCCAAGAGAACAAGUUAAUUAAUAAUAAUGUUGUGAUACCUGAAGAACUGAAUGAAUUUUAUGGAUAUCACACUGAUUGCUACAAACGUUUUACGGCUUUGCCUCCAAAAUACAGAGUGUCUACAUCAGAACCAACAGUAGAAUCGUCUCCUUCGACAUCACAAGAACAUGAUGAAAAUCAGAGCGACGAUUCUGUCACAAAUACUGAUUCUCAUAUACUUUCCGUAUCACAAGCAGUGAAUGAUUUAACUUGGCAGCAUAUUAUUGGAAAUCUAAAUGAUAAAACUAAAAUAAAAGAAGUCGUUCAAGAUGUUCCAAUGGAAAAUACAAUUGGCGAGUACAAAUUUUCCGGUGAAUAUAUUGACGAAGUUGUCGAAGAUUUGCGAGCAAUUCUGAAGAAAUUAACGAAGAAUUGUAUAGAUGUUAAGGUGAGAAUUGCUGAUGAUAGCAAUGUAAAACACAUGACUUGUUUUUAUUGUGGUAAAAUUAGAAAAAAAAUAAAAGGCAGCGAGGAAAAAUUAUCUGUGUUUACUAAAUUAGGAUACGAUACGGUGAAAAAAGUCGCACAAUUAAGUAACGAUGUUGACAUGGUGAAGAAACUGAAUGAUUUUCCAUCGGAUAUAGAUGGUUAUAUAGAUAGACUUUACCAUAAGAGUUGCAAAGUUGCUUAUAAUGACAGUCGUCAAUCAAUUUUAAGAAAUGAUCUAGAAAAGACAGAUUGGCAUUUUACAAGAGAUGUUCGUGCAGAGGCGUAUGAAGUCGUUGAACAAUUUGUCCUGGAAAAAAUCAUCGAUGGACAAAACACUAUUUCUUUAAAAUUUUUGAAUGACUUGUUUAUUGAUCAUUUAGAAAAGCACACUGAAGAUAUUUCAGAUUAUACUUUUAAGCAAUAUCAUUUAAGAGAACGAUUGUUAAAAAAAUUUCGUAAAAAAAUCAAUUUCAUAAAUUGUAAAGAUCAAACUUUUGUGAUACCAUAUACGGCUACGGCUACGUAACAUUGUACAUCGUAAGUUGGCAGAUAAUAUAAAAAUAAACAAAUUGAUACAGGGCGAGUGUGAUGUUUCUGAGUUUUUGAUUAAAUUUUAUAAAAAAGUUUUAUCCGGCGUAAGCUAUCGACGAAGACAUCAUCAAAGAACUGUGAGAUUAGCUAAAUCCUAUUCAGAAGAUCUUAUUUAUGGUGUAACAAAUGGCCGAAUAAAAUGUUCUAAACAUAUCUACCUUGGCAUGACUUUGAAGAGUUUAACAAACAAUACAAAAUUAGUUAAUGUUGUAAAUCAAUACAAUAUGAUUUACAAUAAAAUUUUUUCUUCUUACGAAGCUUCGGACAUUUGUCCAGAUGACAUUGCACAAGUACCGGGAUUACACACUGGUAUCGCUUUGUUGAUACAACAUCGGGCAGACACCCUUCACGAUACCGUGGGAAUUAUUUUUCAAGAUGUAAGGAAUUCUGAAAGUGAGGAAGCUGUUGAAAGAGAGGAUGAUGAGACAACCACAAGUAACAUUGACGAUGACGUUACGAAACCAAGAAGUACUAAAUAAAGGACGCGAUACGGUGAAAGAAGUAGCGUAAUUAAGUAAUGAUGUUGACAUGGUGAAGAAGCUGAAUGAUUUUCCAUCAAAUAUAGAUAGUUUUUGCCAUAAAAGCUGCAAAGUUGCUUAUAAUAACAGUCGCCAAUUAAUUUUAAGAAAUG